AUGAGGGUCUUGACCUGCCUCCUCGUGGUUCUGAUGGGGAUCCAGGCUAUUGAGCGGCUGCGCCUGGCCGACGGCCCCCACGGGUGUGCAGGUCGGCUGGAAGUGUGGCACGGCGGGCGCUGGGGGACGGUGUGUGACGACGGAUGGGACCUCCGUGACGCCGCCGUGGCCUGCCGGGAGCUGGGCUGCGGAGGGGCGCUGGCCGCCCCCGGAGGCGCCUUCUUCGGGGAGGGCGCAGGGCCCGUGUGGCUGAGCGAGCUGGCCUGCCGGGGCAGCGAGGGGCAGCUGCGCCUGUGCCCCCACCGAGGGUGGAAGGCCCAUGUCUGCUCCCACGAGGAGGAUGCAGGUGUCGUCUGUGCAGGCCAGCGUGUGACCAACUCGAGGAACGCAGAUGGCUCCCCUUCCCUGCUGGACGGGGACCUCUGGCCCGGGCUGUCUGGAGAGCUGAGCCCCAGCUCGGAGGAGCCCCCUGUGACACACGCACCCCGCCCGGUCGGGACCCCCCAGAGCAGCUCCCGGAAGAAGAGCCCGCGGCCACCCAAGCAGGCCAAGUCCACCAGGGCCCCUCUCCUGACGGCUGGAGCCUCCCGCCAGGAGCGGCUGCGCCUGGUCUCAGGCCCCCACGGGUGCGCGGGUCGCCUGGAAGUGUGGCACGGCGGGCGCUGGGGGACGGUGUGUGACGACGGAUGGGACUUGCGGGACGCCGCCGUGGCCUGCCGGGAGCUGGGCUGUGGAGGGGCGCUGGCCGCCCCCGGUGCAGCCAGAUUUGGCCCCGGCUCAGGACCGGUGUGGAUGGACGACGUGGGGUGUGGAGGCGGAGAGCAGGCCCUGCGGGACUGUCCCCGGAGUCCCUGGGGUCGGAGCAACUGUGACCACAGCGAGGACGCAGGGCUGGUCUGCACAGGCCCAGCUCCCCGGCUGCGCCUGGCCGAUGGCCCCCACGGGUGUGCCGGCCGCCUGGAAGUGUGGCACGGUGGACGCUGGGGGUCGGUGUGUGACGACGCCUGGGACCUCCGUGACGCCGCUGUGGCCUGCCGGGAGCUGGGCUGUGGGGCCGCGCUGGCCGCCCCCGGAGGCGCCUUCUUUGGGGAGGGGGCUGGCCCCAUCCUCCUGGAUGAUCUUCGCUGUCGGGGAAACGAGACAGCCCUGCGGUUCUGCCCAUCGCGGCCCUGGGGCCAUCACGACUGUCACCACCGGGAGGAUGCAGGAGCUGUGUGUGACGGUAUGCCUCUUGCUUACGCCCCUCCCACGGCCCCCGCCAUGGGCAGCAACAGCUCCGCGUCCAGGGACGCAGCGUCCAGGCUCCCGCUCCCCACGGUGCACCCGGCCUCGCAGACAGCGGGCAUCUCGGCGCCGCCUGCCUCCCCAGCUGCCCCUUGGGAGCCUGGGCCUGAAGCUGGGUCCCCCCAACUGCGGCUGGUGGCCGGACCCAGCAGAUGCUCUGGCCGGCUGGAGGUGUGGCACUCUGGGCGCUGGGGGACAGUGUGUGAUGACAGCUGGGACCUGUGGGACUCAGCUGUGGUCUGCCGGGAGCUGGGCUGCGGGGGAGCUCGGCAGCCGGAUCCCUCUGUGGGCCGCUUUGGCUGGGGCGCCGGCCCCAUCUGGCUGGACGAUGUGAGGUGUGUAGGGACCGAGGCGUCGCUCUUUGACUGCCCCGCCACUCCCUGGGGGAAGCACAACUGCGCUCACAAUGAGGAUGUUGGUGUCAUCUGCACUGGGAACCCUGGCCUGGACUCCAUCUCGGACCCCUUCAGCUGGAGCUGGAUCCCGGGCCUGGGCAGAGACCCAGAUGCCUGGCUCCCCGGGGAGCUGGCCACCAAGCCCUCUGCAAGGCUGACCCCCAGUGUUGCUGAGAAAACCACCAAGGCCCCGGGGAAAAUGCCCAAGAGCACUAAAAAGUGGGUGACCAAGCAUGCAAAGAGGCCGACCACUCAGGCCCCCGGCUCGCCAACCACUAAACACUCCAGAGUCCCGGGCACCCAGAGUCCCCCAGAACUGAGCUCCCAGACCACCGCAGCCCUGACCACGGAGGCCCCCCACAGGCUGACCUCAUAUACCACUACACCGACCCCCCGAUCCCCUUUGGAACAAACCUCUAAGACUGUGACAAGGCCAACCACUCAAGAUCCCCGGGAGAUGACCCCCGAGGCCACCAUCAAACGAACCCUUCCGCCCUCUGCUGGGCCAUCAGCCGAGAUCCCAGCCCAAGGUCUUCCAGAGUCAUCCAAAGACCCGGCCCCCACUGGGGGCACCCCUGGGGGACCAGGCCCUUUCCGGGUUCGGCUGGCGGACGGGCCCAACCGGUGUGCCGGCCGGCUGGAGGUGUGGCAUGCUGGACGCUGGGGGACAGUGUGCGAUGACAACUGGGACCUGCGGGACGGCACCGUGGCCUGCUGGGAGCUGGGCUGUGGACGAGUCCGGCCCCGCGUGGGCAAAACCCACUACGGCCCUGGGACCGGGCCCAUCUGGCUGGAUGACGUGCGCUGCAAAGGGACUGAGACCUCGCUGAGCGACUGCCCCGCUGGGACAUGGGGACAGCACAACUGUGACCAUGAGGAGGACGUGGGGCUGACCUGCACUGGCCACGCCGAUGAGGAGGACUAUCCCGCCUGGACCUGGGACCCCACCUCGGGAGAGGACCUGGCCCAGGGGACCACCACUGCAGGGGCGCCUGGACACACUGUCUCCUGGGGCAGCACCCGCAGCCCUGGGGCCCCCUCCCCAGAAGUGAGGCGCCUUCCGGGCCCAGGUGGUGAGGAUGGUCCCAAGCCUUCCUGGACAUGGGACACAACCUCAAGAGGAGCCUCGGCCCAGAGGACCCCCGCCACGGGUGUACCUGGACCCAGUCUAACCACUGGCUCCACCAGGAGCCCAAGCCAUCUCUCGCCAGCUCCAAGGGCUCGUGGAGACACAGGUUCUGGGAGGAAACCUUGGCAGGAGCGCCGGCUGCUGCAGCCCACGGCGGCCAGGACGGCGCCCCCCAGCCCUUCCCCAGGCCCGCCACCCACCUCCCCCUCAGGACCACAGCUCAUCUCCGACGCAGCUUCACCUUCGGUGGAGGUGACCUCUCACCCUCUUGACACUUGGCCACCCAGCCCAGACCCUGCAUCUUGGAAGAACUCUGGCCUCACCUUGACAACCCCUGGCCUUCCUUUGUCCACCCUGGAUGCCACCGCGGUUCCGGCGCUGACCCCUGGGCUUUCAUCGACCUCACCUCCCACCUUGCCCAAAGAACUGACCUCUGACCCCUCGGCUCCAGCAGUGGUGACUCACCUUUCCCCUACCUCAGAGAUGACCCCGGAAUCGGACACAGCCCCAGCCUGGGACACAACUCCAUCCCCCAAAACAGUCCCAGAACCUUUUGGAUCCCCAGACCACUCCAUAAGCCCUCCUCCCACCACCACCCCUCCCUCCACAGUGACCUCUCACCCCACCAAGACCCUUAACACUACCACUACACCUCACCUCACCACAACCCCUCACCCGACCCCUCACCCUACCACGACCCCUCACCCUACCACGACCCCUGACCCCACCACAACCCCUGACCCCACCAUGACCCCUGACCCCACCACGACCCCUCACCCAACCACAGUCCCUCGCCCAGCCACAGCUUCUCACCCAGCCACGACCCCUUUCCCCACCACCACCCCUUAUCCCACCACAACAGCUCAACCCACAACCUCUAAUCCCAUCACAAUCCCUUACCCUGUCACGACCCCUGACACCACCAUGACCUCUCACUCUACCCCCACCACUCACCCCACCUUGACUCCUGACCCCACCUCAAUCCCUGUGAUCACUACUAAGUCUCUUUUAACUUCCUUGAAAACAGAACUUCCCUUUCCUACUCCAGCACCAACAGUCAAGCCCAGCCUGCACCCCCAGUUCACCUUCAUUGGGGCCCCUCACCCCUCCACAUCCCAUAUGUCCAGCUUAGAGCCCUCCGCAGCCUCAGAGUCCAACACCUCCAGGCCCUCUCCAGCCUCAAGCAUGGACACACCAUCCACUGAGGACUUUAAACCACCCAGAAGCCAGAGCCACAAACUAACCCCUUCACCUCCUCAGACCUCACACUCAGUCUCUGACCCCACUACAACCCCUGACCUCCACCUGUCCCCCAAGGCCCACCCGUUAGAUCAACCCCCUCCUGACAAUCUCACCAUAGGGCCAAUCCCUGGUCAGAACCCAGGCCCCCUUGGCCCAUGUGUGGCUCCACUGCCACCUGUAAGGGUCAUGGCUUGUGAGCCACCUGCCCUGGUAGAGCUGGUGGCGGCUGUGAGGGACGUGGGUAGCCAGUUGCAGAGGCUGACCCAGGCCCUGGAGCGGGACCAGCGGGAGCGCCAAGCCCUGGGACUGGGGCUGACCCAGCUAGUGGAGGCUGCUCAGGGUCUGGGGCAGCUGGGUGAGGUUGUGAAGAGACUGGCAGAGAUGGCCUGGCCCCCCAGCACACCUGCACCAACCACCACCACCCCAGAGGAGGAAGAGAGGCCUCUGAGGGGAGACGUGUGACCCUCUGUGGGACAUGAGAGGUUUAAGACACUCCCAACCAAAAAA